GGAGACCGGCCUAUUAUGUUGUCAUUGAAUGUGGAACUCAGGUGCGUAGAAGCAAGACUUCCAGAGGUAAUCACGAAGAAAUUUGCUGGAAUGAGGAUUUCACAUUUGAAUUGCCAUUGUCGGACUGGGAAAACGUGACCCACCUUAAAUUUCAAAUCAUGGAUGAGGAAUAUUUCACAGAUGGUGGAUUUGUUGGUGAAACAGUAGUUUAUCUUGAAGGAAUAAUUGUCGAGGCAAAUGACAGAGGAUUCAUAGAGCUGAGACCUGCUCCACAUAAUGUGGUGCUUGAAGAUGACAGUUACAAAGGACAGAUAAAGAUUGGACUCAAUUUUUUUUCAAAUAAAAUAGUACACGCAGAAAGAAGAGAAUGUGUUACGGAGGAAAAGGAACUUGGGCAAUCUAUGUGUAGUACUAUUACAAAAUUCUGGAAAAUCCCAUGGUGGAGAUUCUUGUUUUCCUAUAAAAGCACCAAAUCAAUAGAUAAGCAGAAGCAAAGUUAGGUCUCAACCCAAAAAAAAAAAGGAAGCAAAACUAGUAGUUAGUUUAGUGAGUCAUAUCCAACCGACCUCUUGUCUCUGUACUCGAUCAAUCAAUUUGUUAUCGGA